CCGCGGAUCGCACUGGUAUUAUGGGAUGCGGGACGGGGGAGGAAUGGCGCUGGGCGCGUGAUUUUGAACAAACGCUCCGUGUCCCGGCGACCGCGGCUCAGUGAGAGGGCGGGGGAGCCGCCACCGCCACCAGGCCCGGCCCGGCCCGCAGCACCGCCAGCCUCCCCGCACAACAACGGUCUGCCCGUCAACGCCGAUUUUCAUUUUAACUGUACUUCACCGUACUUGUGCAUAUGACAGUAAAUUCAAGUUGACUUGAUCAAAACAUAAAGUGCUGGAGGAACUUGGUCGAUCAGCCAACUUCUGUGGAGGGAAAUGGACAGAUGACGUUUCAGAUCCAAAUAAUUGUUAUAAACAGAAGAAAUGUCAAUGUGGAAACAUUUGAUAAUAUCAACAUGUAACUACAGAAGAUAUUUGGAAACUGAGGAAUUCACUAACUUCUGAGGCUGCAAGUUCCACAUCUCAGUCCUAAAUAUCUUGUUCCGCAAUCUGAAUCUGUGACUCAUCAUUUUGGACGUCCCAGCCAGGGGAAUUUACCAAGUCUUUGCAAAGUAUCUGCAGUAUUAAGAUGGAGGUGGUAUCGGCUGAGGUGGUUAGUCUGCUUCCCGAGGAGAUAAUGGACACAACUGUUGUCGAUGAAGACACUAUUGAGGCUGUCACAAUAACAUCAGAGCAUGAGGAAUUAGUUCCCAUGGAAACUGAACUGGAGGAAAUUGUACAUCCAGAUGAAGGCAAGCACUCCCAGGUUCUGUCAAGCCUUGCAGACCACGUAACUGUGUUGACAAAUAGUAGUACUAUUUUAAGUGCACCAUUGAUAAAAAUGGAAGUAAAUCUUGACAGUUCAUCACAGCCUACAAGUAAAAUCAACCAUCCAAGUACAACUGGUGGAUCUUCGGCAGAAAAUCAAGUUGUUCUCAAAGCAGUAUCUGGAACUGUUGAUCAUCCUACUUUAAGCCAGGUUAUUAAAUCUGAGCCAAUAGAACAACAGUUUGUGGUGACCACUCUUGGAAAGCCCAGACAGUCCAUCGUACUUUCGUUGCCGUCAUGUCAGGUAGCCCACCUUCAACACACAUCACAAUUACAAGUCAUGGAUCCUCAAAUGCAGAAACAAAUCAAGGUGGUUACUAUUAGUGAAAGGUUUGAUGGAAAGACAGGAAUUGGAGCAUCAAAUACUUUGGGUCCUGGGAACUCAGUGUUAACGGCAUCAAUUCAGCCUGCUCAAACUCAGAUGAAAACUUUACAGAUCGCCAAGAAAUGCAUAUCCACUUCUUCUGCAACACCAAUGAUCACGAAAGUUAUCAUUGCCAAACCCAUCCAGAAGAAUAUUAUAACAGGUAGAGUUCUUUCUCAGAGUGCAAUCGGAACUGCCACAAAUACCAUUACUAUUUCUGAAAGUGGUGUUACUGGAACCAGCCUCAAUUCCUUAGCACAACAGACAGCCAACAAGAUAGCAAUCUCUCCACUGAAGUCUCCAAAUAAGACGAUGAAACCUGCUGUGCAGACACUAACUAUGGGAACAAUGAAUACCACCCAGUUCAAAACCAUCAUUCCUUUGGCAACAUCACCCAAUGUUCAGCAGAUUCAAGUACCAGGCAGCAAGUUUCAUUAUGUACGCCUGGUUCCUGCGUCAACAGCCAGUGGCUCCUCCCAGACAGUCAGCUCCAGUUCCAGCACCAACACACAGCCCUUAUCACAAGCUAAGACAGUUGUACUGAAUCCACAAGUUCGCAUGUCGAUUCCAAUUGCACCAGCUCAGAAUAUUAAAAAUGUAGUUCCCAAACCAAUUGUCGGCACUACACAAAUGGUUACCACCAGCCAGCCCCAACAGAGACUCAUCAUGCCUGCAACUGCAUUACCGCAGAUCCAACCAAAUUUAACAAACCUCCCACCGGGCACUGUUUUGGCACCAGCGCCUGGAUCUGGCAGCAUGGGAUAUGCAGUGGUCCCAGCUCAGUACGUUACACAGUUGCAACAGGCCUCCUAUGUUUCAAUAUCCAAUAAUAAUGGAUUUUCUGGAACAUCCAACAUUCAGACUCAAGCAAAGCUGCCAAUCAAUGGAUUAUCCACAUCAGAAUCAGGAUCUCGACCUAGGAAACCUUGCAACUGUACAAAGUCUCAGUGCCUCAAACUAUACUGUGAUUGCUUUGCAAAUGGAGAGUUUUGCAAUAGUUGCAAUUGUACCAACUGUUUUAACAAUCUGGAUCAUGAAGCUGAGCGGCUUAAAGCAAUUAAGGCAUGUCUCGAUAGAAAUCCAGAAGCAUUUAAGCCGAAGAUUGGAAAAGGUAAAGAAGGUGAAUCUGACAGACGACAUAGUAAAGGAUGCAACUGCAAGAGGUCAGGGUGCUUGAAAAAUUAUUGUGAAUGCUAUGAGGCAAAAAUCAUGUGUUCAUCAAUUUGUAAGUGCAUCGGCUGUAAAAACUUUGAGGAGAGUCCUGAACGGAAGACGCUAAUGCAUUUGGCAGAUGCUGCAGAAGUUCGUGUACAGCAACAAACUGCGGCAAAGACCAAGCUCUCGUCGCAGAUGUCUGAUCUACUCACCAGAACCACACCAGCUGUCACAAGCAGUGGGGGAAAGUUGCCUUUCACGUUUGUUACAAAGGAAGUAGCAGAAGCAACUUGUGAGUGUCUUCUUGCACAAGCUGAGGAAGGAGAGAAGAAUAGCCAAACAAAAGCUGUCACUGAACAUAUGAUUCUGGAAGAAUUUGGUCGUUGCUUAAUGCAGAUUAUAAACUCAGCGGGCAAAGCCAAAGGCGAUGCUUGUACUCUUAGCUGCUGAUCCAUGUGUGCUUCACUGUGGGAGCUGAACAGGAAGAAUCACUUGAAAAAAUUCUACGAUUUUAAAACAAAAAUGCUUAACAGUUUUGUGCUUGCCAUGUUUUACAGCUGUACGGUUAGCAAAGGCUUUCAAUAAGUCAGAUUAUUUCUUAGCAGAUUUUCUGCGAUUUGUCUGACUACGGUGCCUUUUUUAAACUUAAAUGCUUAGGAUACAAAGUAGAUUUUAUGAUGUAAAUCAGUGUGAAUAUGCAAAACUUAUGAAGGAGGCACAAUUUUGAUGCUUUUGGUGACAUUUUACAUAUUUUGCAUCCCUCUAUGCAAGGCUGCUUUCUUUGUUGAUCAUCUGUCAUCCAAAAUGUUAUGGUUUUGUUGACUAUUCUAAAUUCCAUCCCCCAGAAUGACUGUCUUUUAGCCACAGGUACAAACUGUUUUGGAAUUUGACAGUGGAGUACCUGCUGUUUAACAACCUCAGAAAUGACUUUCUACAAAGGAUCAAGUUUUUUGAUGCAAGGACUCUGUUUUAAAAAUGUUGGAACCUGAGGUUGGAAAUUAGAUUUUAAUUGGCUGAAAAGCUCAGCAUUAUGUAUGAUUUUGUUUUGACAAUGUAAAUGUACACACCCUUCCUUUCGGGAUACACCAAUGAUCGAGUCACCUGGUCUGGAGCACAGUAAAAAUCUGUGGACCUACAAGUACCAUUUGCUAGUAAUUGUGUUAAGUGGUGCUUUAUCACACGUGAUCAACUCGAAGAUGAGCCUUCUUCCUCUGUGGGAACUAGUAGUUAUCGGCUCGCUUGACCUAUUGAAACUUGAGCGUCUGAGUAACCAUAUCUAAAAGCUGCCAAUGGACAGGGCUAUAGAAUGGCACAAAAUAGUGUGGCAAGAAGGAAUUUCUGCUCCUCCCACUUAAAUUGCCUUUCUUUGACCUUUUUUGCCAUGACAAGCUUUCAUGCAGAAACGCAGCUGGUUUCCUGUCAAAAGAGUAGAUCAGAGUGAUGGUCUAGUUCAACAGCAUUGGCCAUGGCAUUGAAGUAAUCUUUCAACUAGGAAUGGCUUUCAGAAAAGGGAGAAAUAAAUGCAAUGUAGUCUGUUUUAUCUGUCAUACCUUGAGAGAAAUUAUUUGUCAAAUGUAGGUUAUCCAACAUUGUGGAAAAUAACACUUUUUUUAGGUAAGUAUGUUUUCCUUUCCAAAAAAGCAUAUUUGCACGUCCUUUUUAUGUUAGAUUCUUCAAAAACGUUGAAAAUUAGGAUAGGAAAUUUAAAAGGACCUGUUGACCUGAACAUAUUCAUUACAGUGACAAUGCAAAAUGCAAAAAUUCAAAACACUUUGUUUCUUAACCUCUAAAUACAGGCAAACAGACCAUAACCUUUUCUUAAUUUGACCAUUGAAACUCAGCAGUAUCCUGUUUCUUUAAAAAAAAAAUAAAGUACUUUCUAAAGUAUUGCUACAUGAUUUCUUUGUGAUAUGCAGCUACAGAAAGAUCUAUUGGAGGUGUUGCCUGUUUAAUGUCAAGAUUAAGCAGUCAGUUUAUCAAAACCAGUUCUCAGUGUCAUAAUCUUCACAAAAGCUUGUUAAUUACUGCUAUUUUCAUAUAACAAGGAAUAGUCUGUUAACAUGCAACAGAUAAAAAUGUUUUUAAAAAUGUAUUUUUACAGAAUGUUAGAACAGGGUAUUUGAUGCUAAUUAAAAAUCCAUACAUGCCUUAGAUUAAUUAUGACUUGAGUGAUGACGUAUAAAAUGUGUUUUAAUGGACAACGCUUCUCAAGCUUGUACUUUAUCAGGUUUUAAGUGGGGAUAUGCAUUGUCUUUCUCUGCUGUACCAGUGAUUGGCGUGCUCUACUAAUUUUGUAUAUACUGUUAAUUUAGUCACUGCAGCUGUAUUAUGUCUAUUUAAAUAUUGAACAUAAAAGACUUGGGCUAGCCAAAUGGCACUUGGAGUGAGUAUGUAGAUUGUGAAAAUUGUCUGGUUGUUUCUGUGGGUGUUUUGUUGCCAUUAAUUUGAAGAAGCAGGUUUCACAUUUUCCUGACUUUCUUAUGUAUUUUCCUGUACAGUUUCUUCUCAUUUAUCCGUAUUUCCUCAUUCUUUGUGUAAUACUAUUUUCCCCACCCCAAACAAAUACAACCCAGUAGGUUUUUAGCAACUGAAGUAUGCUUUAUUUACAUUACUUUCACCUUGUUUAAUAAUAUCUGGAUAAAUAGAUUUUAUAAUGAAAACUUUAAAGUCAUGGGUGCAAAUUUAUUUUAGUUGCGUUUUAAAAAAAUUCCUGUUGAAGUACUCAUGGCAGCCAGAUCAGAGAACAUAAGUAAUAGGAGCAGAAAACGCGGAGAAGUUCAGUUGGUCCGGCAGCAUCUGUGGAAAAAGAGAAUUGAUAUUUCAGAUCAAUGUUAUUUCAUCAGGAUGGAUGAAGGAAGUUCAUCAACCUAAAUCAUUAACUCUGUUUCUCCCUCUACAGGUACUGCCUGACCUUCUGAGUCCCUCCAACAUUUUCUAUUUUAUGACUGAUUUCCAGCAUCAGCUAUUAUUUUUUUUAAUUUUCAGUGAACAUUGGUGAUUGUAAAUAUAUUUUCAGUGCACUUCAUUUUUCAUAUUUGAAUAUUUCUGACAGUUGAUUUAGGAUGCCCAUGUAACAUUAAGAAGCAGUGCAUGUUUUUUUUUAACUACUUGUAGAGAUCCCAAUAAAUAUAACGUUCUCAAAGAUAAUUAUGCUACCAAUUUUACAGCAUUCUAAUUGUGACAAUAUUCAUAGUUAACUGGUUAUUUCUAACAUUACUAUCAAAUUCACAGCUUGAUGAAUCCCAUGUAGCUAGAUUUUAAAUGUGUUUAAAUAGAAUGGUUAAUUUUUUUUAAUAUAUCACCUUAUUGAUCAAUAAUCAACUUUAUACUAUUGAUGGCCUUUUUGUACAUAGGCAUUGAUUACAAGAGGAUAGAGAAUGAACCCAACGUGACUGCAGUUUGUCAAAUUCAGUUAUAAUACGUACAAGCUAAAAUGAUGUUAGCCCAAAAUGUUUUAAGAAAAUAGUCUUAUGGAGACCAAAAUUAUAUAUUUAAAUUUUUGUCGGAAGGUUGCUAUGUACUGGAGGUAUUAAUGUCUGAUACUCUGGAAUCUGGUGGCAUGGAUCCUUUACUGUCUGAUUUAAGUUUCAAUUACUCAAAUGCAUUGCUAUGGAGAAGAAAUGAAAAAACGCUAAUGAAAUCAUAACUCAUCUUCCCACUGUUCUUGGUUACCUCUUAGCAACUGGAUAACACAGAUAAGCAGUUGACUCUGAACCUUCACAUUUGCAGUCUGCUCACUCUAGUAAGAAAUUCUCACCUUCCUGAAAGUCAAACUGGAUAAGAUGUUUUGCAGUUUAGACUGCCGUUGUCUUUGGACUUUCUCUUUCUUUUUCUUCUUCUUCUUCUUGCGUAUGGCGUGCACAGCCUAAAGUUGUAGGACAACUUGUUCUAUUUGAUCUUAUUUGAUUGUGCAUGCCGGGUUGGUGGCAUUCGUCUAAACAGGUGGACCACGCGAAGGUUGCCAUCUUCCACCCCAACUUUCUCUUUCAGAUCACUGCACAUUAUUUCUUACCCAAGGGAGCAAGAAAAUGGCUGUAGUUGCAAGUUAGGAGAAGUUUUAUUCAAGUGGGUUUCUUUACUGUUUCUCUGUUAAAUCUUAAAACCCUUAUCCUAAGACUCAAAUUGUGUUAUUUAUUGUUAAAUAUUUGUACUUGUACUAUCUGAGUUUCUGUGAUUUAAACAUUUUAACCAUGAUGCCAAACCGUAUUGUUUUCAGCACUGUGACAUAACAUGCAAUCUUGUUGUAUUCUUGACCUCUGUCUUGUCCUCUCUUUGCCAGUGACUUUUGUCAGCAGCUUUGUCAAGAUUACAUAGAGGUCUACCAGAAUAUAUGUAGCAAAGGCUCAAGAUCAAAAUGGUGGGUUGAAAAUAGUCUCUUUUGGUCUCGUACAUGGUCUCUAAAGUAAAACUCGCUUCAAAAAUUAUUCAAAUGUUGUUGGUCCCAGGAUUUUUUACAUAAUAUAAUCCUUCUUGACCAUAUCAUUCUGUUGUCUUAUUUUACUUUCAUUAAUAUUAAUUAAGAAAUUCAGAUUUCUCUUUAAUCAUCCUAAACCGUCAUCAGGUUAUCAUCUCCUUUGAAGCAUUCCAGAUUUUAGAAAUCACAAUGACAGUGAUUGUUCCAUGUUGUUUAUUUUUCAGAGAUACAUUUUAAGAAAAAGUAUCAAUGUUGACUAAUGGACAAAUUUAUUGCCUGAAUAAAGCUUGUCAUCUUGAAAUUAUAGCCUUGCUAGUUGCAUUGUGAAAUUGAGUGUGAGAUAUUUGAGGGGUAAAAUAUAACAUUACGAUUUAAAAAUACAACAUUAUGUGAUAUGAAGUGAUACAGUGUAACUAAUUGGGUUUACCAGCUAUUUUAUUAAAUUUAUAUUUUGUUCAGGAAUAUAACAGCAAUUAGUCAAACUUAAUGUUUAUUUUUAAAGAUUGCAUAUAUAUGGCCAUUUCUGUUUCACACAAUUUGAGGCAGUUAGAAUUGGAUUAUGACAUUGCAGAGUAUAAAGUUCUAUAUUUCAUUGUGGUUAUCUCUCAUCACCUGGAUUUGAAGCUAUUCUGAGGUUGUGAUGCCAAGCUUUGUUUGUUGAACGUCCAAAACUAUUUAUAAACUGAAGUUGAGCUCUUUCUUUUAAUUAAGUUUUGUCAAAACAUUUAUACUUGCUCUCUGCUUGCAUUUAAUAUGCUAGUGCACUAGCAGCAGAGUACAAGCUUGCAUCGUUCUAUACAAUCACAUGGGGGGGGGGGGGGGGGGAUAGCAAUUAUUUCAUACCGUUAAAAGCAAAGAAAGAUAGCACAAUACUUUUUCAUUUGUUGCUUCUUAUGUGUGCAUUUUGAAUAAAUAAACAUUGGCUGAUAUCUGUAAUUUCAUUGUUUUUGUUGCCUCUAUCAUCCUGUCUUUAAAUUUAUAUAUUCUGUGCUUUACUGAAACUGAUGUAUGUAGAAUUGCUGUUGCUGCCCAAGAAAGUUUUACUGCUGCAAUGUUUCAUGACCUGGCAAUCAAUGUGAAACAGGUUCAACACUUUAAUUUUUAGAGAAAUCAGAUGUAAUUGCCUGAGCAUGGUAUACCUGAUUUAUCUUUAUCAUUUGCUCCUUCAGACAUUUAAAGGGAAUCUACACCACAUUAAACUGUACACAGACUGGCUACUUUUAAGGGAUCUGCAGCAUCUUCACUUUGCUACCAUGUGAUUUAAGUAUAAUUGACAUGUGGUUUUAAAGCAAUGCCCCCACAUGUCUUCUAUUCAAAGGACAUCAGCAUCUUAACAAUCGAGGACAAAAAUUAUGUUGCCGUGCUUUGAACAAAAUCAAACAUAAAUGUUUUUCAAGUUACUUGAUGAUUUCACACAAUAUUUUAAAUAUAAUUCGAAGGUGUUUGUGUUAAUAAGUUUUACCAGUACUUAUGUUGUAGCAUCAGUUUUUUUGGGUUGUACUUUAAUGCCAAUUUUUAUAUAUGGUAAAUAGCUGCAUUUAUAAUAAAUAUUAUCAUUGGCCACUUG